UGUAUCUGUGUAAGUAUAAGGUCACACAGAGUAUAUUGUUUUUAAAUGUUGUGUAACUAGUAUAAGUGUUUUGUAGAAGUUGCAGGUUCAAGGCCUACACACAAAGAGAGAGAGACGAGGGGGGGCUGCACUUGAGUUUGUUUAGAACUGAGAGCAGAAACAGAACAUCUUACUAGACAGGUUGUGUCAAAGUUCACGAUGCCCUACCAGACAGAGUACUCCCACGCUAAGAUGCAAACUGUUCUCAGGAAGAGUACUAUCUAUGGAGCAAAACCCCCAAUAAAAGUGUCUGUUUAAGAGAAAUGACCAUGAAAGGACUUGUAGAUGUAUAGUGAACGCCCUAUGACAUAUGCUUUGUAUCUGUUUUGUGUGUGUGUUAAUAAAACUUAGCCAGAAGCUUUGGGACCCCAGAACUCAGCAGUGCGAGAAGGUGAACAGGCCGCGGGGUCUGUUAAGAUUCAGAGCUGUGUUCUCCCUUUGCAAAGGUGAAACUGGAAUCUGUCUUUGUCUCCUUCAUUUCAGACAUCUCUCUGUUUGUAUUUCAGGUCUGUAGCAAUUCGGGGUGGUUUUGCAACACCACAACAAUUUGGGGGCUCGUCCGGGAUCAACUGUGAAGUUGAACAGACCUGAACGGUGAAAGCAAUUAGGCUUCAUUGGACUUAAGGACCAGGUACGAAUGGACAGAGGGCACGGGCCGGCAUCAAAAGGUAAGCAGAAUUUUGAUCUGCAUUGACUACUACUAAAUUAAACGUGUCCUAGGUCUCAGUAGUAACUUGUCUGUAAAAGUGAGAGAUGGAGAAUUAAGAACACAAAGACAUAAAACAGUAAUGUAUUGAACGAGUGAAAUGAGAAAAAUUCUGUGUUAAAGCAAGCCAAAGUCUGUGAGUUGAAGAUAGCAAGACCAGUAUUAGGAACCUGUGAGCAUCUAUCAACAAGACCAGAGCUUUGAGAACACAGGCUGUGAGUCCUCUGGAUAGCAAGACCAGUAAUUAGCAAAAAAAAACUGUGAGCAUCCAUUGACAAGACCAGCGUCCUCGAGUGUGGUAACUCCCACAAUAUUCUGACGAGGUAUUGGUUGAACUGGGUUUGAGGCCCGGGGCAGUGAGGACCCCCGAAUUCUGAAUUAACCCGUGAGCUACUUGCAGCAAGACCGGAAUGUUGUUAUUGUGUAUGUGUUGAUUUUGUAUUUGUUUGAACAUGUUUAGAUAGAUUUUAAGAAAAAAUUGCAAUCACACACAAAGUAUGAAUGUUGGAGUCUCUGAACACUGAAACAUAACUGCACUAGUUAGGCGGUUGUGGACGUAAGUGAACAGUCCAAAUCACUGAUACAUGCGGUUUGGUGUCAUGAUUCACGGCUAGUCGUGAAUCAUAUGGACUGAGCGCUCGGGACACAGCGUGCCAUACGGCUCGGUCGGCCAGACCUAGAUAACACACAGAUAACACACUCCCUUAGAAGCUAAAGAUCUAACCGUGAGUUGUUCAUAAAAACAAAAAUAAAGAAAAAAAAGAGGAACAACAAGACCGGAGAAAUAGAAGUCCCGUGAACACAAAGCACGUCCUUGAAAACAUAAAAAGGUAGAGUUUAAUUGUACACAUUAAGUCUGCAUGUACAUGCACACACAUAGACACACACACAUAGACACACACUUGGGUAAUGCAUGAAUGUGAAUGUGUAUGAGUGCUAGAGGAAAGUGGUUGAAGCAGCAGCACUGCCGGAAACCAGUCUCUGGUGUAAACGGAAGGCAGUGACCUGUUGAAGUAGACCACCGAAAUCUAGAUUGAGGAUUUAUUUGCACUGUGUGUAGUACGAACAGAAAACAGCAGUUUGUAUAUCCAGACGUCGUAUUUUAAUAAUUUUGGCAGUAUUACGGACGUAUCAAUUGACAAUAUGGACGGAGAGUUUGACAGAGAAACAGACGAUGGGGGGUGGGGACCCAGCAGCUCGUACAAGACUGUGACUGAACAGCUGUUAGAGAUGCAGCGUGUAGUGCGGAGCAUGCACGGUAGUAAAGACACAGAUGAGAUUAUGAAGCAGAUGAGAGAGGAUGUGAGUAAGGUUUUACUGGAAAAGGGAAAGACAGAAAAGGAUAAGGGACUGUUAGGCAAGUUGUUCUGGGCAGAAGCCAAAGUAGCAGGAAAGGAACAGGAGAGAGCAGGAGAGGAAGAGAAAAAAGGUGGGUGGUUGAAGAAGGGAAAGAAAAGAGACGCGCAGCGUGAGGCAGAAAAGAGAAACCAAAAGUGGAACAGAUGGGCUAUGUGGUGGCAGGCAGCACAGCACACAAUGACUGAGCAACCUAAAAAGACUCUGACUAAAGACCUGACUCCGGCACCACCCCCGUAUGCACCCGCGACACCUAGCGCUCCUACAAACCCUCCACCAACUCCUGCAGGAAUGUACCCCGCGUUACAGAUUACAGCAGGAAAGCUCUAUAUCGAUCAUGUUCCCUCAGAAGAAGAAUUAGACAACACGUCAGUAACAGGGUACGCUUGUAGUAUGAGCUCUGAAUGCAGCGGGAGCUCUGAUGUCUCCUCAGUCAGAUUUAAGAACCUCCCUACUCCGUGUAAAACAUCAUACCCAAAAGGGGCGGAGGGACAUGACAUCAGUGUGCUCUUUAGUGACAGGGUUCUUAGAGAGGACCGAGCGGAGAUUCUCAAAGAGAUGUCGAGGCGAGAAGCGGCUGUAAACCGACAACUCCAAGAAUUGGAGGAAGCCGUGAGACAGCAGAUACGGGGCGGAAACCUCCACCCCCUAGUACCGCCCCCUCUGACGUUGGAGAGGGACCUGACAACGCCAGGGUGGGCUUGGAGGCUGAAGGCUCGUGGCGGACGGGAGAACAGGCGGGGAGACAAGUACGGGUGGAUGCCAUCCUGAAGGGACAAUGGGAAAACCCUGGAGGGCCAAGAACUGACCUCCUCAUACCAAUAGAGGAGGAAGAGGAAGGACCUGUCCGUAGCCACCCACGUCGUAUGCUUCUGAGAAGUGGCAAGCAAGUAGGACCAGACCCGUUGUUAAACAUGCCACUGAUUAAGUCAGGAAAUUGUGAUAGAUAUCGCCCUUUUGAGAUAGGAGACGUACAAGCCCUGGUUGAUAAAUUACCUCCAGUAAGCGAAGGAGGCACCCUGUGGCUCGCACAGCUCGACAGCCUGACAGCAGGACAGAGAUUAGCUCCAGGAGAUUUUAGGGCUGUGAUUUCUAGGUGACUCACAGGAGCAGAUGUCAGGGAAAUUGAGAUAGAUGCACAAACAAACUCACUAGGCGAUGACACACCAUUCACACGUGUUAGCACAGCCAUAGGCAAAGCCAUGAGAGCAAAAUACCCUCUCCCCAA